AUGUCCUUUAAUUCUUCCUUCUUUGGCAACGAUGCCUCUCCCUACAUCUCGCCUUACUCAAGCAACUCCUCUAGCGAGUCGCUUAGGCUCUCCGAAGAAGUUAUUCCAAAGGUUGAAGAAACCCGUCGAGCUUCCCCUCGUCGCAUCGCGGUUCCCUCCGUUAUUGUCACCACCGCUACACCAGUAGCUUCUCUUCUUCCAUCGGCUUUUUCUCCCAAGAGAAAGUAUACCAGAAUCAUCAAGCUCAAGCUACCAAAGCAGAGCUUUGCUAGAGGGGUCACCAAGCCCGCUAGCCGCCAACGCCCAUCACCUCGCACUCUAACCACCAUGGCCACCAAGUUAGUCCCCGUCUACGACUUUUACUACCCCGCUCAAACCUUGGGCAAUCUUCCUUUCGCCAACCUCCUCGACCCCCAAUUAUUUGCUGCGCCCAAGCCAGCAACCACCUACUCGGAGAUCAUUCUCCCCCAGCUUCGCGAGCUCAUCGCCAACAUCAAGUUUACCACGGACAAACACUUGAUGACGCACAUUCCCCGCCUCGUCGAUCUCGUCGCUCUGCUCUCCCAAUUUCCCGACUUUGGCCUCGGAACCAACAAUCUCGCUGCCUUCCGCAAGCACGUGUGCAGUUUCUUCGCCACCGCUCGCACCCAGGAGGAAGCUCAAGUCGAUGCUCUCUUGGCCAUUGAGCCGGAAAAGGACCUGAGGAUGGUCUUUAGAAUCUUCGACGACCUCUAUACUUACAAUUUUCCUCGUUGUGCCGCUUGUCUCAUCUAUCCAGAUGAUUUUGAGCACAAAUCUGGGGGAGAGACUGUUAGUAAUGAGCUGGCUUGCCUCUGUCCUGAUCAGUAUGAGGUGGAUAUUGAUUCUUCGGAGCCUUUGCUCCUUUAUAAGCAAGGUUGGGCUUCUCCUGUUUCGUACGUCGUUACUGCUUCCUUUUCGGAGGAUGUUAGUGUGCAUUAUCCAAUGUACUACCAUUGA